AGCAGCCACAGUGCCCUGCUCAGAAGCCCCAAGCUCGUCAGUCAAGCCGGUUCUCCAUUUGCACUCAGGAGCACGGGCAGGCGAGUGGCCCCUAGUUCUGGGAGCAGAGCAGCAGCAUCCCAGUCCUAGUUCCCAGCCUAAAGCCUCGCCUGCCUGCCCAGUGCCGGGAUGGCCACCAUCACCUGCACCCGAUUCACAGAAGAGUACCAGCUCUUUGAGGAACUAGGAAAGGGAGCUUUCUCCGUGGUGCGCAGGUGCGUGAAGGUGCUGGCUGGCCAGGAGUAUGCUGCCAAGAUCAUCAACACCAAGAAGCUCUCAGCCAGAGAUCACCAGAAGCUGGAGCGAGAGGCCCGCAUCUGCCGCUUGUUGAAGCACCCCAAUAUCGUCCGGCUCCAUGACAGCAUCUCUGAGGAGGGACACCACUACCUUAUCUUCGAUCUGGUCACUGGUGGGGAGCUGUUUGAGGACAUCGUGGCCAGGGAGUACUACAGUGAGGCCGAUGCCAGUCACUGUAUCCAGCAGAUCCUGGAGGCCGUGCUGCACUGUCACCAGAUGGGGGUGGUGCACCGAGACCUGAAGCCUGAGAAUCUGUUGCUGGCCUCGAAACUCAAGGGUGCAGCUGUGAAGCUGGCGGACUUCGGCCUGGCCAUAGAGGUUGAGGGAGAGCAGCAGGCAUGGUUUGGGUUCGCAGGGACUCCUGGAUACCUCUCCCCAGAAGUGCUGCGGAAGGACCCGUACGGGAAGCCUGUGGACCUGUGGGCCUGUGGGGUCAUCCUGUACAUCUUGCUGGUUGGGUACCCCCCAUUCUGGGAUGAGGACCAGCACCGCCUGUACCAGCAGAUCAAAGCUGGUGCCUAUGAUUUCCCAUCGCCAGAAUGGGACACCGUCACCCCCGAAGCCAAGGAUCUCAUCAAUAAGAUGCUGACCAUCAACCCGUCCAAACGCAUCACGGCUGCUGAGGCCCUCAAGCACCCCUGGAUCUCGCACCGCUCCACUGUGGCCUCCUGCAUGCACAGACAGGAGACCGUGGACUGCCUGAAGAAGUUCAAUGCCAGGAGGAAACUGAAGGGAGCCAUCCUCACCACUAUGCUGGCCACCAGGAACUUCUCCGGAGGGAAGAGCGGAGGGAACAAGAAGAACGAUGGUGUGAAGAAAAGAAAGUCCAGUUCCAGCGUUCAGUUAAUGGAGUCUUCCGAGAGUGCCAACACCACCAUCGAGGAUGAAGACACCAAAGUGCGCAAACAGGAAAUUAUAAAAGUGACAGAGCAGCUGAUUGAAGCCAUAAGCAAUGGAGAUUUUGAAUCCUACACGAAGAUGUGUGACCCCGGGAUGACAGCUUUCGAACCCGAGGCCCUGGGGAACCUGGUCGAGGGCCUGGACUUUCAUCGAUUCUAUUUUGAAAACCUGUGGUCCCGGAACAGCAAGCCCGUGCACACCACCAUCCUGAACCCCCACAUCCACCUGAUGGGUGACGAGUCAGCGUGCAUCGCCUACAUCCGCAUCACGCAGUACCUGGAUGCAGGUGGCAUCCCCCGCACGGCCCAGUCAGAGGAGACCCGUGUCUGGCACCGCAGGGACGGCAAAUGGCAGAUUGUACACUUCCACAGAUCCGGGGCACCCUCCGUCCUGCCCCAUUGAAGGACCAGGCCGGGAUCCCUGCGCUGUCGCAUCGCAGAGAUCCACUCUUUGUCCGUGGAAUGUGGCUGCUGGUUCUCUCUUGGAUUUUGUUGGAGUUCUCCCUGUCGUAUCGCGCUGUCAUUGCCAUCUCUGUACCUGCAUCAUGAAAAUCCGCUCCUUCACAAAAGCCAUCGCAGCAUCAAAGCAAAUGGCCCGCUCUUUCCAGUCCGUCUCUCACUCUUACCCUCUUCCUGCCAGUGGGGACCUGCUUCAGGCUUGGCUACCCAGGAUGCUGGCCCCAGGAACCCCCACCUCCCAGCCACUGUGGUUGGCCUGGCCUCGCUUUGGCUGCAGGUGAGGAGGCACCAGCUGUGUGUUUACCAGGAAGUGAGGAAGAAGAGGGCAAGUGUGACCCGGCCCCUCUCUUCCAUCCCUCCUCUUCUGGGGUCCCCAGGGAAGCGCAGAUGAGCUCCUCAAUCUCCAAGCCAACUCCUUAUGGGGGAGAGCAGGAGAGGAGCCAAUGCCAGGAGCCCCGGCCUCGAACUGCUGCUCUCAUCUGCUUCCCUCCCGUGCUGGCCCUGUGCCGACCAGACAGCCCACUAUGGGAGCCGGGGUGGGCUCUCCCCUUCAGGCACCCCACUGACUGUUUCAGUCCUUCUGUGAAGUUCACCUCCAGUGUUAACCUGCCCCCUCCAUGCUUCAACGUCCUUGGAGAAUUCCAGCUUCUGUCUGAGAGCUGAUGAUGUUUCAAGGGCAGAGCAAGCAACAUUUAGGUAUCACUUCUACUUGGACGCAUGCCUUUUUACAGCCAAACUUGUGUGUGUUUCGUAAAUGGAUUUUGCGUUAACGGGUAUUUAUGUGUAACUAAACCUCAACAAGAGUUGGAUCAGGUUGGGAAGUGGGUGGGAAGAGGGAUGAGGGGAAGUUUUUACUCUGUUCCAGAUUUUUUGGGGGGUUCCUUUCUGAGGCGGCCUCACCACACCCCCCACCCCCAGGGAGCACAGCUUCCUUCCAUUCUGGUCCCCAGGGUCAGCUGGCAGUAUUUCAUCCAGGGACAGCAUGACUAACUCACAGUGAGCGAGUCAGGGCUGGGGAGGCCACCAGGAUGGGAAGAUUCAGACUUGGCAUCCCGGAGCUGGAGUCCUCUCUACCAUACUUCCCAGGAAUUCUUUCCCCAUAUUUUUGUGCAUCCCCCCAACCCACCCCACCCCACCCCCACUAUCUCCUGAGCACGUAUCCUCAUUGCUUCUAUUAACUUGGACAAAACAGACCACCAGAAAUCUAUUUUCCUACUUCCUGCUGAACUGGGCUGGCGUGCACUCUAGUGCACCUGCCUGCCUUCCUGCCCUCCCCCCCUGCCCUCCCUCCCUCCCGUUCUCUUUCUCUUCCUCUCUCUCCCUCUUCUUGGCUCUGAUGUGGAAUGCUGUGUCUCACCCACGGGGAUCUCCUGUCUGCACCGUUUUCUUUGCAUGACUUUAUAUGCAGUAAAUAUGUUGAAAAAAAAACAAAAACAAAAAAGAAGAAAAACACUCAACAAAAUCAAAUGACAUGUUUUGGACAAAAUAAUAAUAAUGACAUUCGAGGUUGUGUUCUGUGUCCACCUUGGAAUCACGUUGCUGCCUCUCUGUGCUUUUGGUCUCGGUGUGGCCAUGGUUUGCCAGCAUGAGACACUGUCCCCUCUGGAGGAUUCUAGGGGAGGAAGGGCUAUGUGUCCAGGGGUUUGGAGACAGCAUUGAUUCUCUCAGCUCCUCUGAGGGUUGAUUGGAGCAGAAGUGGAAGGGAUGUUUAAUCCAGAACUUUCUGGUAUUCCCUUUUUCCCCCACAUAGAGCUAUGUACUGGGAUCUUCUCUCAAGUCCUGGGGACAAGUGCAGGACAGGAAAGUGGCUGUGUUAUCUAAGCCACCCCAUUGGAGUCCUCUGCCCUUGGUAGACACUACUGCCCCAGGCCCAGGGAUGGACCUUGGCCCUGCCCCAGAGCCAGGCUUCUCCAUAAGGCCCAGUGAGCCCUCUGGUCCCAGCCAUCCCUAGCCAAAGAUAGAGGAGGGUAUGGCCUUAACUAAGGAUUGCUGCAAUUACCAAGCAACAUCUAAUCCCUUAUUCAAGCCUCAGUUUCUCCAUCAGUGUUCCUACCCAGAAUGAUGGAGGAUCAGACAAGGUGGCAACAUGAAGCCCACCCCACUUCUAAGAGCCUGCUGGGUUUGUCACUGGCUGGCCUCCUUACGUGCCAGGCCUGGACAGUCACUGUCCUUUCCCUGCCUGGCCCUGUCUUCCUCUUUGGUGCCUGUCUGUUGCUCACCAGCAAUGGGCUGCAGGGGAAGAAGGGUUUGGGGCGAUUUGGCAGGCUUUGAUUCUGGGCUCUCAUGAGACCUGCUUUGGGUGAGUCCUUGCCCCUUGUGGGGCCUCAGUUUCCCCAAGCAGAAGAUGCCCUGCCUUCCGUUGGCUAACAUGCCCCCUGCCCACGAUGUGCCUCUCACAUGUGGGAGAGGUGGAGGCAGAUCCCUACCCCAGUCUGAGAUGGCCCGCUCGGCAGAGGCCGCUCCUGCGGGUGGGCAGCCAACCGGUGUAGACCUUGGGACACUACGAUGACCCCAAGGUGGCAGGCAGGAGAACUGGCAGUAAAACAAAGACAAACAAACACUGCCCAGAGCCUACCCUCACCAGACAAGCUCCGUGCUCCUCCCAAAUACCCUCCAGACAAAAAGAAAAGGAGAGAGAGAGAGAGAGAGAGAGAGAGAGGGAGAGAGAGGAGAGAGAGAGGAAGGAAGGAAGGAAAGAGAGAAAGAGAGAAAGGAAGGAAGGAAGGAAGGAAGGAAGGAAGGAAGGAAGGAAGGAAGGAAGGAAGGAAGAAGGAAGGCCAAAUCAAAACUCAGGCUCUGGUCAGGGUUAUAGGAAAGGCAUCUCCAACCUUAUGUGCCAUAGCUCCAGUCCUGCCCCAUGGCUUCCUGGCCCCCUUCAAAGGGUGACCCUUGGGGGAAUAUGUUUGCUAGGCUCCGUGCUGGUUUCUUUGUUCCUAUAUGUUUAGGGUUCUGUUUCGAUUCUCUCUUCCUCUCUCUUUAUUUCUUUUUUUAAUGUGUGGCUGUGACUUGAAUGACCACUGCUCAAACUUUCUGCUACUGGGGGUGGGGGUGGGGCUGGCAGGGUGGGGGAGGGGAGAAGAGGUGUCUGUUUUAUUCUUAGUGUUUUCAGUGCAAUAAAUACCUACGAAUUUA